CGGGUUAUUACGGUACGGUUGCAGAUCCGUCGGCUUGUUUGCUGCUGCUCUGGUUCGUGGAGCUCGGAGCCUCCACACUCUCACUGUGACCACUGUCUGUAAUGACGGCUAACAUUUCACCCUGAAGCGAACUCUCGACACCUCUCCACUCCUCACUGUAAACUUAAGGAGACCCUACGGGACAUUUGGAAGAGCGGAGUAUCGGCAGCAGCAGCUUCAUUUUCUUCAACUGGGGUUAAGAGCAAAGUGUGUAUUCGACAUCUGAUAAUAUCUCAAAUUCAAUCGCCAAAGACUGGAUUUUCCUGUCCUAAUCUUAAAGAUAUGCAGAGCCAAACCUCCAGUAUUCCUGAGGGCAAUGAGAAGUCCAUACCAUUAACACUAACCAUGAGGGGUAAAACAUUUACUAAAGGUGUGUGCACCAUGACGUCUAAACCUCAUCCUCCGCUGAUGAAGAAGCACAGUCAGACAGACCUGAUAAGCCGCCUGAAGAGCCGGAAGAUCCUUGGAGUUGGCGGCGAGGAUGAUGAUGGGGAAGUGCACCGCUCAAAGAUCAGUCAGAUGCUCGGAAAUGAGAUCAAGUUUACAGUGCGAGAGCCUGUUGGACUGAGGGUGUGGAUUCUCAUCUCAGCUGUGGCUUUCACAGUUAUGGCCCUGAUGGCCCUGGUGUUUCCCAACCAGCUCUAUGAGCUUGUUUUUGAGGAGGAGCUCUCCACGACUAACAUAUCCGUUCGCCUUUAUGGAGGAGCAUUGCUUAGCCUGGCCCUCAUCAUGUGGAAUGGUCUCUACACAGCGGAGAAGAUCGUCAUCCAGUGGACGCUGCUCAGUGAAGCCUGCUAUUUUGCCGUCCAGUUUCUAGUGACAUCUUUCACCUUAAUGGAGAUUGGCAUCUUGCCAAACGCCGCCAUGCUUCUGCUCCUCAGUCGAGUGCUCUUCCUGGUGGUCACCAUGGCUUACUAUUAUCACCUGGGCCGUAAGCCGAAGAAGAUCUGAGCUGAUACUUCCAGGGAGGGGACAGCUGAGCACAGAUCACAAACGCGGGGUCGGAAGGUUUUGAAUAAUUUUUGACAGGGGCUCGGAGGAUUACCAGUGUAUGCCCUCUGCCCUCGUCCAGUGGACCUAACCUAUUACAACCCCCAGUAUUCAACAGAUGAGCACAGUGUCGCAUUCCAGACUGUACAACAAGGACGAGAAACCUCAUAGUGCAAGUGAAUUACUCUUUCACUGGGCUGUGAGGUCAAGCCCCUCUUGACACACAUUCCUCCUUUGUUCAGUCUUGAGUGCUGGUAUUAUUCAGAAGGAGCUGUUUGUAGUGCAUUGUGUCCCUGUGUCAACUAGUUAUAUGAUUUAAUAUGUACAGUACGGAUUGAUUUCAAACAUUUGACUUUAUUCAUGUACAGCAACAUGAUUUUCCAGAUUUAGUAUUUAGUGUUAUCUGAUAAAAGCGGCUUAAUAAUCACACUGGAGGACCAAGAGUUUGUGUUGUAAUGUGUCUACUUUUUGAUGCUGUUGAUGUUAACUCACACUGUCUGUAUUCCAAAGUGAAGCCUGAACAUCUGUGCAUGCUUCUCUCACAGCUCUCCAGUGAACACAUUGAAUGGAAAAAAAGCGUCAGCUGUCCUCAGUGUACGAUUCAGGUGCAGUCAGAUAAGCUCAACUCCUGGAGGUCAGUUUUUACUCUGAAAUCAUGCCCAUCAAUCACAUUCAGAUUUAGACUACCCAAUAAGAAAUGCUGAAUUUAAACAUUUUUCAGGGACAUAGUGAUCUCUUUUUAUUUUAUUAUUCCUUGAGGUCAAGAAGUUCUACCAAAGGUUGAUGGGAAUUGUUUUGUACAGAAAAUUUACAUUACAGUGGUUAAUACAUGUAUACUGUUGAAAAAUGCACAUGUAAGCUGACGCAGCAUAGAUCUCUCCUUGUUGUGCGCGCAGUCAGGGAGGACUUUAGCCUGAGCGAACUUACAGAAAGAAAGUAUUUAACAUUCUGACUUUUACUGUAAAACUAGUGUCACACCUGAGCAUGUCAGCGUGCAGGUCAGACAAACCUGAGCUGGUUCCUCUUCAGUGAUGUAGCACAGUUUUUUUUUUUUUUCUUUUUCUUCGUGUACACCAUAUCCUUAGCCUUGCCUUAAAACUACUUAACAGAAGAGUCAUCAACACUGCAUCCUACUUCUUGUGUACAUAUGUAAAUAAAAGUAUUUACUAUUAUGUGGUGUUCGUGUGAACCGAACAGGGAACUUGUUCAGUAUUAGUUAAAUGAUUUUCAAAGAUUGAUCUUUCUCUUGGUGUGUGAUAUUUUGUACCUAUUUAAGUGACAUUUGUGUUUUUGACAUUAUGCAUGCAAUAUAAUCCAGCAAAAGAAAUAGCUCAAACUGUGUAGCAAGCCACCGACUAGAACGCAAAUGCAGAUGUUGAUGGUGGUGAGAUGAUGUUAAAAAUGGCAAAGAGACGAAAAGGAGAUUUUGAUUUAUAAGGCAGUUAAAUUAUUCAUCCGUUAACACAGAUGUGACCCGCACUUGACAGUUUUCACCCAAUCGAUAGAUGAGAUUUAAUAUAUUUUCUACCUCCCAAUAUGUGGCACGCCCUCAGGUACGUGACAUCCCAGCUCAGUGUUUCAGAGCAGUGCCAGCCAUGCUAAUCUGUCAACCUCUUCAGCAUCUAAGGCCAGUCAAAGACACCCUAAAGAUAGUUGACUAAUUUUUUUAAUUUAACUUGAAACAUUAUUUUAAGUUGAACAAGAAAACAUACUGUAGUUCUCCUCCAAAGGUGGUCCGCAGUGUUGCAAAUGACCACGUUCAGUCCUGCCCCAGAAGGGAGUGGUCCUGAGGUCGGAGUGAUUGAGGGUUUGCAGCAGCGAGUCCGGCAUCGAAGGCAGAUGUGCUCGUUAGCUUGGGUGAGCUCUCGGCUCAGAUAGGGAACGUGAAACAUGGGUGAGGUCUCACGUAUUCCUGAAAAGUUGUAAUUAUCUUUUUGCCAGUGUUUAAUUAGAUGCAGCUCUCCCGAGUGACAUUGUGCGCCCCAACCUACUGCUCUGUCCUGACUAGCGUGGUAAUUAUGGAGUUCAAGAAAAAUGUCAUUCCAUUUCCGUCGAUACUACAGGCCUCAAAUCAUCAGCCUACUGAAAUGAAAAAGGUCUGUGAAGCAGGUUAUUUUAGGAAGGAUGGGGCAGUUGUGAGGGGGACGGGCAGAAACAGGGAGGCAAAGAAAAAGCUCUUUCAUCCUCCUGGUUCUGUGAUGUAAAUUAGUCUAAAAACAUCAGUAAGUCGUGUCCUUGAAACUUUAGAGGAAUGGUUAGUUGAGCUAUACAUUCCCUCUUAUGUAGAUCCAACAUAUAUUAUACUGUUGUGAAUAGCCUACCAGGUCAAACUGUUUCAAGUUGUAGCAUUGUGUUUCUAUGUAUAUAUGUGCUAUAUUGUACCUCAGAAAUGAAUUGUUAUGGAUUUCCACAAUUUAGUUUGAAAUAAAGGACAUUAUUGUUUAUUUUGAA